AUGGGGUUGCAGAUAAUAUUAACAGGACUCCUGUUUUCUGGAAAACAAACUAAACCAUUGCAAGAACCAUAUAUAUCAGAUGGUAACGAUGAUAAUACGCCUGUUAAUACUAUUGAAAGAAAGUUACUCACAGGGAACAUUCUUGGAACCAGCAAUGGGUUAAUCAAGAAUCUCAAUGUAGAUAUAACAGCAAAGGUACUUUCUCAUAUCCCUAUCGAGUGUGUCUCGCUGGGCAGAGCAGUGUGCAAACUUUGGAGAAUCCUCUUGAAAAAGCCAAAGACGGGUUUCCUUCUAGCAGUUUCGGAAAUCGGAAGACACUCUGAAGAAAUCCAGAUCUUCUACGUAUACAACGAGGAGGUAAGUAUUCAUGAUGAACCGAUUUCUCACAAGACACUUGCAAAGAUAGACCUUGGGUUAGGUCUAUCCCGAGAUAUCCCUGUUCAGCUGAUAAAAAAUGGACCUUUUAAUCCUGUCAUAUAUGGUUCCUGCAAUGGUUUAGUGUGCUUUCCUGUUCAAAAUGAUGAAACGAAGUCUCUUUUCUACAUAUGCAAUCCAAUGACAGGAGAAUAUGUUUAUCUUCCGGAGAUGGAUUUUGGUGAAAUAUCGAGACCUGAGGUGCUCGGUGGAUUUGGUUAUUGUCAAUCUACUAAUGAGUACAAGGUUGUUCAAGUUACCUAUGAGUACAACCAAUUCGAGCAGUUGGGAAGGGUUCAGGUAUACACACUUGGUAGUGGCAGCGGGUGGAGAAACAAAGGGGAAAUACAUUACACUAGUAAAGAAAGAUUGGUUUUUGCAAACGAGGCACUUUAUUGGCUAGAGCAUAUUGAAGAUGACUGGAACCUCAGAACUUUUCAUUUAGCAGAUGAGACGUUUGGUACCGUCCCAAUGCCACCUUGUCAUGAUGUUGUCCGCGGUUACAGAGAACUUGUGUCCUUAAAUGGUUGUUUAUGUGCUUAUCAUGUUACAGUUGAAAGGUGUUCUGAACAAGAGGACGAUGCUUAUUAUCGUAAGGAAGAUAAACGCAUGGAUAUGUGGAUAUUAAAGAAAGUGCAGAAAAACAAGAAGAAUGGAGUUGAGCAAGGUGAUGUUGUCAUUGUUGGCAGUGGCGAUGAUGAUCUGCUGCUAUUGUUAAAAGAUGAAGAUGGUCACAAGGAUGUCACAGUUAAGAAGAAUCGUUACAGAAGCAUAACAGAAGCAAGUGUGACAGUUCUGUCAGAGGAGUUGCAAAAAGCUGUUAAAGAGUUUGAAGAAGCUUAA